AUGCCUCUGAUGGUGAAGAUGAUCGAUGUGUUCGGUUCCCUUCGGUCCCUGUUCAAGGUACAGAAGACCUCAGAGGACACGCUUGUGUUCCGUCUCCAUUAUCGCGCCACGGUUGCCCUUCUUCUUGGUGGUUGUGUGACACUUGCCUGUAAAAGCAUAUCCGGCUCACCGAUCCACUGCGAGGCGUCCGGCUCCGUCGACAAGAUAGUACUCGAGACAUUCUGCUGGCUUCACACUACGUACAGCAUGGUGCACGCGUUCAACAAGAGCCUCGGCCAAGCGGUCCCAUAUCCGGGCGUGUCGAAUAGCAAAGGCGACGGACUGCACGGCCACGCGUCCCAUCCCUUGGUCAAACAGCACAAGUAUUAUCAGUGGGUCAUCUUCUUUCUGCUGCUCCAAGCGAUCCUCUUCUACACACCCAGAUGGCUCUGGAAAGGCUGGGAGGGUGGGAAAAUUCACGCCCUGAUGAUGGACCUCGACAUAGGUCUUUGUUCCGAGGUCGAGAAGAAACAAAAGAAAAAGAUGCUGCUCGACUAUCUAUGGGAGAAUCUUCGCUAUCACAAUUGGUGGGCUUACAGGUACUACCUCUGCGAAGUUCUCGCCCUGGUGAAUGUGGUCGGUCAAAUGUUUCUGAUGAACCGCUUCUUCGACGGUGCCUUUCUGACGUUUGGUAUCGACGUACUCAGGUUCCUGGAGUCGGACCAGGAAGAUCGGGUCGAUCCGAUGAUUUACGUGUUUCCUCGAAUGACCAAAUGCACCUUCUACAAAUACGGUGUCAGCGGCGAGGUGGAGAGACACGACGCGGUCUGCAUAUUACCCCUGAACGUAGUCAACGAGAAGAUAUACGUUUUUCUGUGGUUCUGGUUCCUCUUUCUCGGCGUGCUUAGUUUCAUCACGGUUUUAUACAGGAUCGUAAUCAUAUUCUCGCCGCGAACGAGGGUCUACCUUCUCCGACUACGGUUUCGUCUGGUCCGUAGGGAGUCGAUCGAGACGAUCGUCCGACGGAGCAAGGUCGGCGACUGGUUCCUCCUGUACAUGCUCGGGGAGAAUUUGGACACGGUGAUAUACAGGGACGUGAUGCACGAGCUCGCGAACAAGCUCGCGUCCAGGCACCACCACAGCGUGCCCGGGAUCAAGGGAGAGCUUCAGGAAGCCUGA